UUCACGUUUGUCCAGUCCCAUCUGUCAUCAAACAAUCAUGGCGGACUACCCAGAGGCGCCCUUGGUCACACGGCCAAAAACACUGGACCCAAAAGAGUAUUUCAACAUCUCGACGGAGCACCGACGUAACGAAGAGGCCCGGGCAGCACUACGAGCGAAUCUUAAGAGGGAAUAUCAGAUACAGCUCAAUAACCCGCACAGAAAAGAGCUCAUCGAAGACCCUGCCCUGACACACUGGGUGAAAGCACGCGCCAGCCCCUAUACGUACUUCAGACCCACGUUCAAGACAUCUCUGCUGGGUGCAAUGUUUGGAGUUGCGCCUCUCUUUAUCCUGUACUUCAUCUUCAAGACAGACAGGGAUAGAAAGGAGGCGCAGAUUGCGGCUGGGACCCUCGAGCGCAAGUUCCAAAUGUCAUCAUGAGCUCCGAUGUAUAAAGACUUCCCAUAUGUUGUAGUGAUGCCACUGCGUGUAAUUAUUAUUAUCCAAAUAAAGUGAUAUUCUCAAAAACAA